CAACUCAAUUCCAGGUUCACACCCCACCUUCCCACCUUGCCGGGUCUACUGGAGGCAUUGACGACUGCGAGGGCCCGGGCCACCAUUGACGCUCGACUUGCAAUGGGACUGCGUUUUUCCUGGGACCGCACAUUCUCGACGGGGAACCGGCCGGAUGGGCACUGUACUCCUUGAACACCUCAUUUACUCCCAGCUGCCCGAUGUGCUGCCGGUUUGAGCUGUUCGGUACCCUGAUCCUCUUCCUCCAAGCACUGAGCGACCGCCGCGCCCGAAGGCGAGCUGCCCGUCUGGAACAGGCGACAAAGGACUAGCUCGAGGCCGCCCUCUCUCAAUAUCGUUAACAGCCACCCACCACGGAUCACACCUUAACGACCGCACCGAACUAAACCAAACCAACCCGCAACCAUGCUGCAGGAAAUCCUCCUGUCCCUCUCCGGCCACCCCUCCCCACUCCUCCGCUCCGCCGCCUCCUCACCCUCCCCUCACGACGACAACCCCAUUUCAGCCACCAUCUCCCCGCCCGAACGCGCCCUCCUGCAGUCUCUCGCCCGCCUCAGCGACCUGCACGUGUCGCUGCAGGCCGCCGCCGCCCACCUCGCCGCGUCCCACCCGUCCGUCAUCUGCCGCGCCGUCGCCGCGGCCAUCGACGCCCGCCACCUGGCCGCCUUCCGCCGCAAGGUGCUCGACGUCGAGGCCACGGUCCUGCGCCGCGACGCGGCGCUCGUCGGCGCGUACAACGUCGUGCCGCUGACCGCCGUGGUGGCCGAGUUUGACGGCUGGGGAAGGCGGUUGGAGUGGCUUGCCGGCGUGGUGAGGGCUAUGGGUGAUGGGAAGUCGAAUGGCCCCCGGGGCGGCUGGUGUACCGGGGCGGCGAUGGUGGACUUCUUGAGGGCGGAGUUGAGGACCGGGUAUAGCGAUGUGGAGGAGGCGGCGAGGAGUUUGGGCGCUGUCGCGGAGGCCGCGUGGGUGAAGCAGGUUUCGGCGUGGGUGUUGUAUGGGCGGGUGCCGGAGUUUGGUCAGGGGGAUUUCUUCGUUGCGCGCAGAGGGACGGGAGAGAGGGAGGAAGAAGGCCGAGGAGGGGCCUUGGCGGGUGACGCUGAGGCGGAGUUCGUGUGUGACAGUGCGUUGCUGCCGGAGUUUGUGACGCCCGCAACUGUCGCGUCGAUGCUGUUCAUUGGGAGAUCGCUGAAUCAGAUCCGUGCUAAGAGCGCGGAUGAUUACAGUUUGAGAGGGAAUGACCAUCUGUCGACUCAGCUUGCCAAGUUGGCCGCGUUGAGGCAUCCAAUUGACUCGGCCACGUUUUCGAGGACGAUUGCGGAUAUCAGGCAGUUUCUGUCGAGGACGACGCUGCAGCGACUGUUGCCUCUGAGCCGGGUCCUCGAGACGCUGCAACUGCUACGGGACUUCUUCCUGCUCCGCCGGGGAGAGUUCGCCAUGGCCUUGACGCAACAGGCGGACGAGAAGAUCAGGAGCCGGUGGAAGCGGGCCGAGAACCUUGCUUACGAGAAGCGGGAUGGGCUCGCCAGCGCCACGGUCAAGGAAGGGGAGGUGGCUGCUGUCCUGGCCAGGACCUGGGCUGCCAUGGGAUCCAUGCAAGGCGAGCACGCGGACGAGGACGAGGGCCUGGAGCUGGCCCGCGAUCUCCUGCGGCUAACGCUGACCAAGUCGAAAGCGGCAACACCGGCGGCGCCUGGGACUGCCGACGGCGGCCUUAACUCUAUCGCUCCUACGCCAUUCCGAAAUCUCCUCUUCUCGGUGCCUGUCACAUUGACAUUACAGAUCCCUUCCCCCCUGGAUCUCUUCCUCAGCCAGGCGGAUCUACAAACGUACACGGCCAUAAACUCCUACCUGCUUUCGCUCCGGCGAGCCCACAUCCGGCUGACCGAUCUGUGGAAAAUUUCUGCCCUUCGGAGACACCACCCAGCGCCUCCUGGUCCGCCGUACGGAAGCACUCGGGGCGGCCGGGAAAAGGUGCACCUUUUCCGUCAGCGCCAUGCCAUACGCUCCAGCAUCUUGCGCAACGCGUGGGCCACAGCAAGCGCCGCCAUCUUCUUCCUCGGCGAAUUUGAGGGCUACCUCCAAACGGAAGUCGUUGCAGGCCUUUCAGACGGCUUCCAUCGCUGGCUAACAACUGGCGAGGACGAGCAGAGGCAUGAGGACGAGGCGCACAAGAGGAGGAGUGCGUUCGCGGCUGAGGGCCCGGCCGCGUCAACGUGGAGACAGGACGAAGACGGCACCGCCGAUGACGACGACAUCUGGCUCGCAGAAUCCAACGCCUCCGCCACCACCACAACCUCCUCUCCAUCCCUGCCCGACGAACCGCCUUCUCACUCCUACCGCGACCCUCAAACCCUCGCCACCGCCCACCGCCGCUACCUCCGCGCCCUGGUCCACCGGCUGCUGCUCACCCAGCCGUCCUUCACCGACCCGCUGUACGAGCUGCUCGUGCAGAUCGACCACCUCGUCGCGCUCGUGCACCGCCUGCAGUCGGUCUGGGCGGCCGCCGACCUCGAGGCCGACGCGGGCGUCGUCGACGCCUUCGUGGAUCUCGAGCGCGAGGAGCGCGACGUGCAGCGGGAGAUCCGCGGCGUGGAGGGGAGAGUGAGGCGCGGGAUUGAAGGGCUCGUGGGCGAGCUGAGGCGGUUGGAGGGGAGCGGGGUUCUGUUGCAUGGUCGGGAGGUCGAGGGUGAUGGGGAUGGUGGUGGUGCUGGUGGUGGUAGCGGUGGAGAGGAAGGCGAUGACUGGGAGGGCGCGGGGGUGAGAGAGAGCGGCGAGUAUGUGCCGAGACGGGUGGGCGGGGUGGACAGGUUGCUGAUGAAGCUAGACUUUGGGAGUUGGUUUGGGAGGGGAGAGGGUGGUAAUGAUGGGUUAGACGAGGAUGGCGAGCUUUGAUGUUAGGGAUUACUAUUCGAGGUAGAAUGGGCAUUGGCGCGCGGAUGGGAUCAUGAGCAUGGUUAUACCCCCUAAGCAUGAAUAU